AUGGCGAAUAGAACUGCCAUUGGGUCGGCGAGUUUGCUCGAAACAGGAGACACGUGCCUGGUAGCGCAAGGGAAUAAGAGGCGCAGGCGGACCAACCGACUGGGCAGCUGGUCGAGUUUGAUCUGCCGGCCGUUGACACACCGAGAAGGUCUGCUCUUGAUGGCCGCGUGGGCGUAUGGGCAAACGACCGCAACCGGUGGCUUGCACGACCAGGCCAAGAGGCCAGAGCUGUGGCGAUGA